GCACCAAGUACCGCAUCCUGUCCUGCUCCAGACAAAUGUCAGUGAUACUUGCUAUGUGUACUGUUCCUUACCGCCUUAUGGAUGUUCUCCUCUUCACAGACCUCCUGUCUGAACCUCCUCGAGAGCUGCCCUUCGAUGCGCAUGUGUUCUCCUCAUGUCCAUAAUUCUCCACCGGUCCCUUCGCCAGAGUCUACCUCUUCUACCUCUUUCUCGCGGUCAUCAUGUCUCGACGGCGUUCCUCCGCCAUGCCUCCACGAUGCGUCGUACUGUAAAGAGACGGAUUUCUCCUUAUGGAAUUGAAGCGCAACUUCCCUUCAUUUUCCAAGAAAAGCGGUCGUUCCUCGAUAUCAACCGACGACCUCACAACAACCUGGGACCCAAACACACCCCGACCCUUGACAGCCUGCGGCCCCCCAAUUUUGAAUACGUCCAGAAGCCAACAACGGAUGGUAGUGGUCUCUUGGCGGACAUUGGCUACGCUUUCCGAUGGGUGAGUGCCUACCGACGCUUCUGGGUGGCCUGUGAAUCAAAGGCACGCUCCAACCAGGCGGAAAAGGAAGAGGUUCUGAAACGUCUGAGAUGGACGAAACGUACGGACUUGGCCAUCUACGCCAUGAGCGCCGGUCUCGGCGGCGUCCCCGACAUGACACGACGCGAGUUCCAACUGUGUACAAGGACCCAUCACCACUGGUGGCGUCGCCCCCUUGGGCUGCAACUGAGGGACCUCAGGAGUAUACUGAAGGGUUAUGACACCUACAAGGCCGAGUUCUGGAGCAACGCCCACCACGCCGAGAGAUCUCCGUCACCUCUGCGAAACCUGUACAGGAGCAACGUCAUGAGAAGUUGCGUGACACCCAGAGGCAGGCGGCUGUUCCUCCCCUUCAUCUUGGCACAAUAUGCCAAAGCAUUCUCAUUUUCGUGGCCGUGGACGUACGUGGCGUAUCAAUACGUCUUCAGCCAUGGCCAGGGGCAACGCUACUAUGAGAUCCUCGCUGACACCGUCCUCAUCCUGCGUGAAGGAGGGUUCAAGAAGCUGUCGGCGGAAGACGUCGCCGACUAUUGCCUGCGAUCCGGGUCGCCGAACUUUCUCGAGUACGUUCGGGAAGCCGUCGAGAUGGAUGCCAACCCUGUCACGGAGAGCAUGAGAAAGUUCAUGGUUCCGAUUCUCGAGGAGCACGCCAGGGCCUUGUUGGAGUGCGACUGGCAGAGAAUCCCUCUUCACUUGCGCUGGAAGGUUGAGGAGCAUGUCGCUGAAGAUGGCCCCAAAUCUCCAGAGUGUAUGAUACGACAAGUUUGGUCGGGACCUUGAACACGUCGUUUCCACCCAUCACCAUCAUCUGGAAAUCCCUCACCACUCAUACGAGAAUACUAACGAUGGGCGACGCAAUUUCCCAGCUGGUACGGAGUAUGACGGUCAUGAAAAUCGCACUACAGGACGUGCUCGAAAGGCGGCCUGGCAUUCGGUCUCUUGAUCAUAGCUUUGGUUUUGGAAUACCAUCAAACGAAAUCAAUGACCGGCAGAUGUCUGCUUCACGAGAUAUAUUCUCACCAUACAGAGAUAUCAAUCCUACAACUCUACAACGGAAUCAUUGGGCGUCGAGACGGGGGACAGUUCACCGGGCUGCUUGUAUUCCAGGCCAGCGGUCUGUCUACUAUAUUUAUGAAGGGCAUGCUCUAUACGGGUGUCUAAAUAGUCACCCAAUUAAUGCUAGAUGCCGGCCCAAGAUCUUAUGACUGAGCACUGGCUCAUGAGCUGAUAUGCGAAAAGCACUGUACCACUAACAAAUAGAUCAAUUCUGUACCAAAAUUUCCAUCACCAUCACAUGAGCGUAG